UUGAGGGUACUCGUCUUCUCUAGUCCAAAACAACUCAUAUGAGAGAGGGGAGAUUUUUAAACAAAACCUUUCAGGUGGUAUAAUUUCCUGUCCUUUUACGGCAGUCUGUGGUCUUUAUUCGAUUUUGGCUUGUCGAUGUGCGCUGGUCCUUUGCGACGAGUCUCUCGUCUUCUGCGUCUGGGAUCCCAAACAACAAACAUUAAAGGUGACUUUUGGCGUGCACAGUGAUUGAAUCUCGCUGGGAAAAUUCAUUUUCACAAACUUAAUUGUACUUUAUCAUAUUUUGAGAUGGCUGCUGAGAAUGUUGAUUAGUUGGAUGUGAUACCGUCCUGCGUAAGUAGCAUGAAGUUUCUUGGUUCUUCUCCAGCCUGGUUCAGGCUUUAAUGCGCACCAAACCUCUCCUCGCAUAUUUGUAACCAUUCAUCAUCCACUUUUUUGUGUACUUCAGCCUAAUUACGUAAGACAAUGUUCUUUUGCGACUGUUUGUACUUCACAUAAUCCCUGAAAAGAGGAAGAAGCGAGGAGCCAGCGGAGAUUUUUCCCGCCUGAAUUCGUGCUGUGAAGCCGCAUCAUUUCCUAUGCCGUUUUAAGGUUUUAAGAUUGUCUAAGAGAAACGUUGACAAACGUAUAAGACAAGCAUAAAGAUGAAGAAGUUUCGGAAGGUUUUGGACGGGCUGACCACUUCUUCACCUGUCAAUCCAAGUGGAUCUCCUUCGUGUGGCAGUGCGGCUGGGACCCCCAGUGCGGCACCGACACCACGGGAGCUGGAGAUCCAGGAGACACUGAUGUCGGAGCACUUCCAUAUCUGUAAGACGGUGCGUCAUGGAUUUCCCUGUCACCCCACAGCUCUGGCAUUUGACCCGGUGCAGAAGAUACUUGCCAUCGGCUGUCGUUCCGGAGGUGUACGACUUCUGGGACGGCCGGGAGUGGACAGUCAUUGCCAGCAUGAAAGUGGGGCGGCAGUUCUCCAACUGCAGUUUCUCAUCAAUGAGGGAGCGCUAGUCACAGCCUGUGCAGAUGAUACGCUGCACCUCUGGAACUUGCGACAGCGACGCCCAGCCAUCCUCCACUCUCUCAAAUUCAACAGAGAGCGGAUCACGUUUUGUCAUCUUCCGUUUCAAAGUAAAUGGCUUUACGUGGGGACGGAGCGUGGAAAUACGCACAUAGUGAACAUCGAAUCCUUCAUUUUGUCUGGAUACAUUAUCAUGUGGAACAAGGCCAUAGAACUAUCAACAAAGACACAUCCAGGUCCAGUUGUUCAUCUGAGUGACAGUCCAAAAGAUGAAGGAAAGUUGCUGAUAGGCUUUGAGAGCGGCACAAUAGUAAUGUGGGAGCUGAGGGCAAAAAGAGCCGACUUCAGGAUAUACUAUGAUGAGGCCAUUCACUCAGUAAGCUGGCAUCAUGACGGGAGACAGUUCAUGUGCAGUCAUUCAGAUGGCAGUCUGAGCAUGUGGAAUCUGAGAAACACUGCCAAGCCUUUUCAAGUCACCUUCCCUCAUGGCAAGACUCAGAGAGAUGGUCGAAAAGAGUCGUGUAAACCCAUUCUCAAGGUUGAGUACAAGACCUCCAGAAACAGUAGCGAAGCCUUUGUCAUAUUCUCUGGGGGUCUUUCUUAUGAUAAGGCAGGACGCAGACCCACCCUAACAAUCAUGCAUGGGAAAAACAUCACAGUGUUAGAGAUGGACUAUCCAAUAGUGGAUUUCAUGGUGCUCUGUGAUACACCCUAUCUCAACGAGGUCCAGGAACCGUAUGCGGUGGCGGUUCUACUGGAGAAAGAUUUUGUUGUGAUAGACCUAUCUCAGAGCAAUUUUCCUGUUUUUGAGAACCCCUACCCCAUGGACAUCCAUGAGUCUCCAGUCACAUGCACAGCUUACUUUGCUGACUGCCCCCCUGACAUCAUACCGAUACUUUACUCCAUAGGGGUCAAACACAAAAAGACUGGCUACAGCCACAAGGAGUGGCCAGUUUGUGGUGGCACAUGGACGGUCGGUUCCCAAACAUAUCCAGAGAUUAUCAUCACAGGACAUGCAGACGGAUCAAUAAAGUUUUGGGAUGCCACAGCAAUCACACUGCAGAUGUUGUAUAAGCUCAAGACGUCAAAGGUGUUUGAGAAGCCCAAGAGUGGAGAGGUUGGGCGUAGUGCCGAGCUGGUGGAGGACGACCCCUAUGCCAUUCAGAUGGUCAACUGGUGCCCACAAAGCCGUAUCUUUUGCGUAGUGGGCAUCAGCGCCCACAUCAUCCUGUACCGCUUCAGCAAGCAUGACGCCAACACCACUAUCACCUCCCUAGAGGUGCGACUGCAGUGUGAAAUGGAGGAUGUCAUCUCUCCAUCUGAUACAGAGAAUACCCCAUAUUUUUCUGACCCUUGUGGUCACUCGCCCCAGCCUCAGGCCCCUAGUCCCCGAAGCAACACGCCGGACAGUGUGCGGGACAGCAUCUCUUGCCUCAAAGUUAAAGAUCGUGUGAUCCGAAUGCCUCCUGGAUACCAGGCGGAGCUUGUGGUUCAGUUACUGUGGGUCGAAGGAGAACCGCCACAACAAAUCACCAGCCUGGAUGUAAACUCCGCCUAUGGCCUGUUGGCUUUUGGUAAUUGCAAUGGUUUAGCAGUUGUGGACUACCUGCAGAAAACCGUUUUGCUGUGUAUGAGCACUCUUGACCUUUACGGAUCUGCAGACCCUUUCCAACGGCUAACACGCUCUCCACGCAAGAACCGACAGUCCACAUCAGACAUUUGCAUGCGUGGCCUGUCUAACUUAUAUUCUGAUUCAAAGAAAAGGAUCCGUACUUCCUACCAGAGCCUUACGGAGCUUUCUGAUAAUCAGGUGUCUUUGGACCUAGAGAGGAGCAAAUCACCCACAACAGCACCCUUCACUCCUUCCCUCCAUAAUGAGCCUCGUGGCACAGGGGAACCUGUUUCUAACCUCCGGUCCUGCCAUUACAGUCCUGUCUUUUACCUGCUGGACAAUGUCAAGGGACCAGGCAGAAAGUUAAGUCUACCCACAGAUCUUAAGACUGAUCUUGAUCAUGUGAAUGGACAUUGCAAUAGCCCCACCUCCCAGCCCUGUCCGUCUGGGAGGGCCAGAGUCUCUGGGGGCCCUGAAGGGCCACGCCUCGCUCGCAGAGGGCCCGGCCGACCACCCUUCCGCAAGGCCCAGUCCGCCGCAUGCAUCGAGGUCUCUUUGCCUGUGUCCUCCCUCACCGAAGAGAGUCGAGAAAACUCGUUCAGCCGUUCUCGGAGCUCUAGUGUUUCCAGCAUAGACAGAGAGACUAAAGAGGCCAUAACUACCCUUCAUUUUGCGGAGUCGUAUGGGCAUAAGUCAGACACCUUGCCCACACCUUGCCUGUGGGUGGGAACGAGUCUGGGCCUGGUGCUCAUCAUUCCAAUGUCUAUCCCUACAGAUGAGGAGGAACGCCAGGAAGAAUCCAUUACUGUGGCCCCCACAGCCACAGUAUUAAUGUUGAAGGGAUCUGUUCUGCGGUUUUCCUUUCUGGACUGUGGGGGUACUCUGAUCCUAAAUCCCUAUGAGUUGUGGCGGGACCAGCAUGCUCCAGAGGACCCAGAUCGACCCCGCAAACGAAAGCUGGUCAACUUCUCGCCCUCCUCCUCUCAGGAGGCCAGUGGAGAUGGCCACUUAGCUUUGGUGUGUUCAGAGAGGCAGGCCAAGGUCUUCCUCAUGCCCUCCCAGGCAUGUCUGUACGUGCACAACAUCACAGAGUCGUCCUUUGUGCUACGUGCCGAUGUGGUGUCGGUUUGUAACAGCAUUUGUCUGGCCUGUUUCUGCGCCAAUGGACACAUCAUGACUCUGAGCCUUCCCAGUUUACGACCACUGCUGGACGUCAGCUACCUGCCGCUAACGGACAUGCGCAUUGCCAGAACAUUCUGCUUUACCAACAGAGGACAGGCGCUGUAUCUGUGCUCCCCUACAGAGAUACAGAGAAUCACUUACAGCCAGGAGAUGUGUGACAACCUACAAGAAAUGUUGGGGGAGCUCUUCAUACCCAUCGAAACUCCUGAGGCCCAGAACCGUGGCUUUCUCAAGGGCUUUUUUGGAGGCAAUGCACAAACUUUCGACCGAGAGGAGCUGUUUGGUGAGGCAGCGGCAGGUAAGGCGUCCCGCAGCCUGGCCCAGCACAUCCCGGGACAGGGUGGUAUGGAGGGCAUGAAAGCGGCAGCAGGCGGGGUGGUGGGGGAAUUGGCCCGAGCUCGCAUUGCCCUGGAUGAGAGAGGCCAGAGGCUGGGGGAGCUGGAGGACAAGACGGCCCUCAUGAUGACCAGUGCCGAAACCUUCUCUAAACAUGCUCAUGAGCUGAUGCUGAAGUGCAAAGACAAGAAGUGGUAUCAGUUUUAGAGGGUCCUGGAUGAGGGCACGUUUGGCUCUGCUGCCUCAAGAGGACACUACUCUGGCACUUGGACUUUCAGUCUUAAAAAGAGAGAGCAAGCAAGGUGGAUGGACAGAAAGGGACUAACAGGCUGGUCAGCCUCUCUUCUGUCUGUGUACAGGAUUUCUAAGCCAGAUUGCGAUGCAAUGGAUGUGUACCAAUAGUGUUUAAGAGUAAGACAUUACUCUUACAUUGUGAAUCAGACAACAUCUUUAUUUAUGUACAGUGGCUAAUUGGGGUCUCCUCACAAGAAGCAAAUUGGCUCAAGUUGUGUAGAUACUUUGAAUGUUAUGAAAUCAUCAAGAGUGCAUGAAACAAAAUGGAUGACCGAUAAAUGUAAAACUGCCAAUUAAAAAGCAGCAUGUUACUUUAAAACAAAGGGAAAUAACUGUUAUUUAAUAACAUAAGCAGAUAAUAGAAACUAUGACAAAAAAUAUUUUAAAUAGCGAACAAAUAUAUACUGUAUAUAUAUUGUUUGCUAUUUAAAAAAUAUAUAGUUUAUAUAUAUAGUUUAGAAUAAUGUACAGAUUUUGCUGUUUCAGAAGGAACUUGGUUCUUUAAUUCACCAAAGUGGCAUUCAUCUGAUCAUAAAGUAUAGUCAGGACAUUACUGAUGUAAAAAACAGCACCAUCACUAUUUGAAAAAAGUCAUUUUUGAUCAAAUCUAGACAGGCCCCAUUUACAGCCACCGUCACUCCAACACCUUAUCCUUGUGUAAUCAUGCUAAAUUACUAAUUUGUUACUAGAAAAUCACUUUCCAUUAUGUCAAACACAGUUUGGUUUGUUAAGUGAAGCUUAACAUUGUCUUUGUGUUUGUUUUUGAGUUGCCACAAUAUGCAAUAGACUGGGAUGUCUUAAGAUCAAUAUUAGGUUUUCUCUAGAAACUCUAAUAAUGUUUUUUUUUUAUUUAUUUUUUUAUGAAUAAAGCCUAUACAAUGCUUUAAAUUGACAAAAAACUGAAGAUUUAAUAGAAAGGUAUACACUACAGUCUUCAAAGAUAAAGGACAACUGGCUUUAACAAGGAUAGAAAUAGAUGUGGAAGGCCAGAUUUACAACUAUUCUCUAGUUUGAGGACUAGAUGCCUCACAUGUUCUCAGCUGACAGCUUCAUUGAAUUCUACCCACUCAACAGCAGAUGCAUGUACAACAAUAAAGAGAAGACUUGGGGGUACAGGCCUUAUGGGAAGAAUUGCCAAGAAAAAGCCACUUUUGAAACAAAAAAACAAAAAGAAAAGGUUAGAGUGGGCAAAGAAACAGACAUUGGACAACAGAUAUUUGGAAAAGAGUUUUUGGAUCUUAACCCUGUUGAGCUUUUGUUGGAUCAGCUAGACUGUAAGGUGCGUGAAAAGUGCCCGACAAGACAGCCACAUUUACGGCAAGUGCUGCAGGAAGCAUGGGGUGAAAUUUCACCAGAGUAUCUGGACAAACUGACAGCUAGAAUGCCAAGGAUCUGAAAAGCUGCCAUUGCUGCAGGUGGAGGUUUUUUUUUUGAUGUAGACUCUUUGAAGUAGUUUAAGAAGUUCUGAAAAUUUUUAUCAAACUUUAAUAGUAAUUUUUCACGUUAUUAAUAUCCUGACUAUACGUUGUGAUCAGUUGAAUGCCACUUUGGUGAAUAAAAGUAACAUUUUCUUUUCAUAAGAGCAAAAUCUGUACAUUAUUCCAAACUUUUGGCUGCCAGUGUGUGUGUGUAUAUAUAUAUAUAUAUAUAUAUAUAUAUAUAUAUAUAUAUAUAUAUAUAUAUAUAUAUAUACACACACACACACACACACACACACACACACAUACACACACACACACACACACACACUGAUCACCAACAAUCAUGCCACAGUCCAAAUCAGGCUGGUUUGGUAUUUCUGUAAUUGCUGAUCUCCUGGGAUUUUCACACACAUCAGUCUCUGGAAUUUACUCAGUAUGGUGCCAUAAACAAAAAACAUCCUGUUAGCGGAUGGAAAUGCCAUGUUGAUAAGAGAGGUCAACAGAGAAUGGCCAGACUGGUCUACAGAAACAGAUAACUUACAAUUGUGGUGAGAAAAUAGUGACGGGUUGGCGCUGUUUUGACGGUGGACAUACCUCAAUAUUAGGCAGGUGGCAGGUGGUUGUAAUAUAAUAUACACACCGAUCAGCCACAACCAUAUAUAUACACAUACAGUACAAACAAACAAAACAUUCUUGUCAAUCACAAGAAAAUAUACAAAUGUAUUCACCCUUGUACUGUAUUCCAAAUGAUAGAAGAGAAACGAGUUUCCAUGAUUCGUACAAAGAGUGCAGGCCAGUGGUAACCCACAAGGCCAAGCCCACUGACAUUCAGUCAUAAAUGUGACAACACAACACAAAAUGUUUCCAUUCUCUGCUGCUAGAUCGCAAAAAAACACCACAACCAACAUUUUAAUCAGUCUCAAAAAGUUACUUCACCCUUGCCUAGAAAAGUAUGAUGUUACAUGGUUUUGGAAGUGUGAAUAGUUAAAUGCUUUUGGCACAAUGUGACGAGUGUGUAUCUGUAAGGUCAUUUUCGAGAGUGUUUCUCUUUAUAAAGCGUAUUAACGUGCCAUAUUCUAGAUGGGUUAAGUUUCUUUACUAUAAACUAGCGAUGAAUUAACUCUCGUCUGUGGUUGAUAUUCUGGGCUCUUACCAAUACAUACGACAAGCCAGCCAAACUCAUGAAGAAGCGUUAGCGUGUCUGUAAAAGUAUAAAUACACUUUGAUUAUCUUUCUUUCUUGUUAUUAAUCUUCUUUUUCUUUUUUUAGUUUGUCAUGAUGUUUGAUUUCCUUAAAAGGAACCAUUUAAGCUGGCCUGUUAUUUCAUUUGAUUCUAGUCUCUUCGGUUACCUUGGGGCACCUGUAAGAAAGAUUGUGCAUUAUUUUGAACCUUGCUGAGAAUGAGCGAAUGACCUCUGUAUUCUCUGCCAAAGUUUGAAUGCAUUUGUGGAGAAAUGUCCUUCACAUUCCAGUACAAGGGACAAAUUUUUUAUUUCAUCUUCUUUCUUUUUUCUCAAUAUAAUGUCAAACUAUGUUUUAUACCUUACUACUGUAGUGUCAGCCAAUUGUUCACUUGUGUCUUCUGGAUAUCAACUGACUGUGUAAAUGGUGUUUUAGACUGAUCAGUGGGCGCUACUGAUAAAUAUUCAUGUUUUUUGAAUAUGUGUCUGGAAAGAAUAAACAGAGUGAGUCACCUGCAUUUCAUGGCAGGUCUCGUGUGAAUUAGUGUUACAUGUAAACUAAAUCUUCCAGAAUCGUAUUUGAGACUCAUGUUGUGUUUCUAUGAUUUGUCUUCUGAUGACCUCAGACCUUCUAGUGCUUUACUGUAACAAACUCAGCAUCUCUUCCGUAGUCCAUGCCUCUGCCCAUUUGGGUUUGUAAAUACAAGCUACAUAGUAACGUACACGUUGUGCAUUGAAAUACAUAAACUCAAGGCUCAUGCAGAUAUACACUGUCAACCAUUAGUCAAACUUGGGCUCUUAACAAUGUUAGUUUUUUUCUCAUGCUUUCACAUUUGAAAUAAUAGCUCAUGGUUAUGACUAAUUUCAAGUUUGGACAGAUGUUUGGGAGGCAUUGUACGUAUGGAGAGAGUGUUUUUAGACAUAAGCCUCACGAUAAUGUUCAGACUGUCUGAAGCCAAAACCAUAGAAGUGUCCUGCUGAAGAAACCUGUUGGUUAAUGUUCAUGUUCACCAUUAUAUUUGUUUUGACAGAUUCUCCUAUGACUCUUCUUCAGUGUCAAAAUAAGAAUAAAACUGACUCUCACAGACAGGGUGUUUUGUUCGUAUGUUCUCAGUUUUUAUAUAAAAAUGUACAGUUCAACCUGUGGGAGCGUGACAUGGUCAUUGAACUAAAUUGUUGACAAAUGUGAUUUGGAUAUUCCUCUGUGAACGUUGUACCUGUUUAAAAAUGGUACCAUGUCUGAUAUUCUGACUGAAGUUCUGUAAGACUUACUGUAGUUUCCUCCACUCCAAUUCUGAUCCUCUGAUACCUUCAGAGAAGGCAGAAAUGUCAGUCUUGUUUGAAUGGAAAGUAGUGUUAUAAAGUAGUGUUAUGAAGGUUAUUGAAAAGUACAAUGGAAAAACAUGUUGGUGCAAAUUAAAUUGAAAUAAACAUUGAC